AUGAAUUGGCUUUCAGAUAGCAUAGAAAUAACUGAGUUCGAUGAAGACCUCGAACAGCAACUCAUUGACCUUGAGCGAUCUUCAGCAGCACCAAUGGGAAAUACUUUCCCAUUGACACACAUAAAAGCCUGCACAGUUUUUUACGAAAAAUAUUCUUCAAUUCCAAGCCAAUUUUUGAAAUGGAAAAUUGUGAUUGCCCGAGACAAAAAACUCAAUAAAGUUAUAGGUGUCAUCAACGGGAUCAUAAAAGAAGUCUAUUUGAAUGGAGAUUUAGUCAUAUUAGGACAGAUGUUUGGCUUAAAAGUGCAUAAAAGAUAUCAAAAGAAAGGGAUUGGCCACAUGCUCUGCAAACAAAUGGAAAGCGACCUUGAACACCUAGGGGCUGUCUCUAUUUAUGUAAGAAUUGAGUCUUUUAAUACAGACGCUGAAAAACUAUAUACAAAUCGGUUAAAAUACCAUGAAAUUGCUAAUCAAAAAGUCAAAUUGAUUAGCCCUAGAAGCAGUGCUAAGCAGCUUCAGCAAAUAACAACUGAAACAGCUUAUAAAUUAACUAAAGAGUACUAUGAUAAGAAAGAUAUGGCACUUUCAGACAUCUGGCCUUUAUUUAAAUCUCCGUAUUAUUUAGCUACUUAUGUAGUAGAGACAUCAAACCAGGAUAUUGCUGGAAUUUCGCUGUGAUAUGCUUCAGGACUGUCAGAUAUGAGCAUUAUUCAAGUACUAUUUGACGUAAAGAAUUUGCAAAAGCCUCAUAUUUUCUUAUUAGUGCUCAUGUCCUUGAUAUUUAUUUUAUUUUUGUAUUUUUAUUUUAUUUAUAAGGGCUAUUAUGAGCUAAAUUCUCGCUUAAUGAUUCUCUUAUAUAUCCCAGCUAUUUCUUGGCUUUCGCUAAAAUUCCUGACCUUAGUUUUUACUUUGCUGAAAUAUGGGAAAUUUGCUAUUUUUCGAUCUAAGAGAAGACGAGGUAGGACUUUUGGGUAUUUUUUUAAAGGUAGACCCUCGAUUCAAAGGCAGCUUACAUAUGAGCUGAUAGAAGGACUUAGCAGAGAAGCAGCGAAUAAUAAGCUAGAAUACAUCUUAUUUGAAUAUUCAGAAAAUGACCACAUGACGAACUAUUUUCAUACCCAUAAUUUUUCUAGGAUUUAUCUAUACUUAUAUCACUAAAUAUUUAUAAUACUAAAUAUUAUCAUAUAAAGACAGAAUUUAAUAUAAUAUUUUAUAUAGCCCCUGAAAUAUUUUAGACUAUUAUUGACCAUUUAUUAAUUUUCAAAAUUAAUAUUGACUUGUCAGCUUUUUUGUAAAGUAAAAUCGAAAAUGAAAAAUCUCCUAUAUGGUUUUAAGAUGCCUAAUUAGACUUAGACUAUAUAAGGCAGGCGACCUGGACUAUAUUUUUUCUGGUUGGUAUUUUUCCAGGGCACAAUAAUCUAUUAUGAUGUAUAAAUUAUAUAUAAAACUCUAGAUGAAACUACAUUUAGCGGACUUCCUACACUAAGUUUUGUAGAUCCAAGAGAUUAA